AUGGAACCAGGUCAUAUAAUAGAAGGUGGAGAAAAUAAUUAUAUUAUUAGUCAUAGUGAUGAAGAUACAACUUCAAAAAUUGUAGAUGAUAUUGAAAAUAAUAAAGCUACCAUCAAGAUAGCUUUUAAGGAGCCAUACGAUAUAAAAUAUAUAACUUUUGUAUUAAUAGGUGUUGCGUUAUUAUGGCCGUGGAAUAGUUUUUUAAGUGCCUCAUUAUUUUUCCAACACGAUAUUUUUAAUGAUAAUACAAUAUGGGCAAAAACUUAUACAAGUACGAUGAUGAGUUUUUCCACUGUUUCCUCAGUUUUAACCAAUUUUUACUUAUCCAGAAGACAAUAUGGAUAUAGUAGUAGAGUGAAAAAAGGAUUAAUAUGGCAAAUUGUUGUUUUCACAAUACUGUCAAUAUCCAUUUUAUUGAUAUCAGGCAAAGGGAAUGAUAGUGACAAAAAGAGUUCAAUUUUUUAUUGUUUUACUUUCAUUAUGAUAAUGACGUUAGUUUUAGUCAGUAGUGUUGGGACUGCUUUGACCCAAAAUGGAUCUAUGGCUUGGGCCAAUGUUUAUGGUAGUGAAAUUUAUUCACAGGCGGUCAUGUUAGGCCAAGCCCUUGCGGGUGUCUUGCCUAGUUUGGUGUUAUUUUUCAUUAGUUUUAUUAAAGCAACGAACGACCCUAGAGAUCAAAAUGUGUUUGGUAUCUUUGGUUAUUUCAUUAACACAGCUAUAAUUUCUAUAGCGGCGUUGAUUUUAUUUCAAAAGAGUAAAAUUGGUGUGUCUAUACCUAAACUUGAUACAGAAGAAACUGAAUUAAUUUUGAACGAGAACAAUGAGUUGACCAAUAAUAAUGAUACCAAUAAUUCAUUAAUACAUCAAACCACCACAGACAACUUGAAUAAUGCCUCCAAUAGCAAUAAUAGUCAUAGAGGUAAUAAUAAUACUACUAAUAAUAAUAUUCCACUGAAGAUUAUAUACAGCAAAUUAAAAUUUCUAGUAUGGGCUAUUUUUAUAACUUUUUCCAUCACUUUAAUGGUAUUCCCCGUAUUUGCUGCUAAUACUCUAGUAACAAAAUUGCCCAUUGGCAAUGCACAAUUUAUUCCAUUAGCUUUUACAAUUUGGAAUAUAGGAGAUUUAUAUGGUAGAUAUAUAUCCAAUAAAUUUAAACUAUUUGUUGAGAAAUUUCAACCUAUCCAUAUUCUUAUUUAUUCACUUUUAAGGAUAUUAAUUGUUCCGUUUUUUUUUUCAUGUAAUAUAUUUGGCCAUCUAAAUAACAAGGAAAAUAAUGGUGGUAGUUUUAAUGAUUUUUGGUACUUAUUUUUGCAAUUUAUAUUUGGCGUCACUAAUGGGAAUAGUAUAUCUCUAUGCUUUAUGAAAGUUGGUGAUCAAUUGAACUCUGAUGAUGAACGUAAAGCUGCUGGCGGAUUUACCAAUAUAUUUUUAUCCGUAGGGUUAACAGUAGGUAGCUUUGCUAGUUAUCUAUUUGUAUUUUGCAUUGGUAAACUAUAUAAAGAGUAA